AAUUGGUCAUCCUCCAAGCUGGAAAGGACCUAAAGGGUUGAGAACAGCUCCUGGUUUCAAACUACCCUCCACUGUUCAGAGUAAACAUGCUCAUCUGGCCAAUACCUUUACUGAUUCUCCUACUAAUGACAUGGAACUAUGUGAUCCUACUCUCGACAAUAAAUUUUUGGAGUUUAUGAAAUCUCAAAGUGAUAAUGUUGUUACUGCUCAUGUUGUUAUGACUUUUCCACAACAUGAUCAAUCUUCUAAUGAUUCUUCUUUCCUAGGAUCUGCUCACCAACCAAAUGAUUGGCUAUGCUAAUCUUCAAAACGGACUCUAUCUUUACA